AUGAAAUUUCAAAACUUUGUUGGCUUAGUAAAUCAAGCAAUGACAUGUUACCUCAACAGUCUUUUACAAGCACUAUACAUGACACCGGAAUUCAGAAAUGCUCUGUACACAUGGGAAUAUACAGGCACAGAAAAAGAAGCAACAAAUAUUCCGUUUCAACUACAAAAACUUUUUUUGAACUUACAGACAUCAGGAAGGUCGGUUGAAACAACUGCACUAACUCAAAGUUUUGGAUGGGAUUCAACGGAAGCUUGGAAUCAGCAUGAUAUUCAAGAAUUGUGUCGUGUUAUGUUUGAUGCCUUAGAAAAAACUUUUAAAACCACGAAACAUCCUGAUUUCAUCAACAGACUUUAUGAGGGAAAAAUCCUUGAUUAUGUUAAGUGCCUAACAUGUAAUUUGGAAAAAUCUAGAGAAGAUUCUUUUCUUGAUAUUCCUUUACCGUUAAGAUCCUUUGAUGGUAGUGUCACGUACGGUAGCGUGGAGGAAGCAUUAGAAGCGUUCAUUAAGUAUGAAACACUAGAAGGAAAUAAUCAAUAUUUUUGUGAGAAAUGUAAUAAGAAAUCUAAUGCACAUAAAGGACUCAAGUUUUCUAAAUUUCCGUAUAUUCUUACGUUGCAAUUAAAACGUUUUGACUUUGACCACAAUACUUUUCAUAGGAUCAAGUUGAAUGACAAAGUAACGUUUCCAGACAAGUUGAAUUUAAAUUUGUUUAUCGCAUCCAAUCAAGAAACUCCUAGUCAAGACGAUGCUGAGAGUAAUGGAAAGGGUGUCGAUAUUGCUGCUGACGAAAGUAGCACUGAUGCACGCGAGGAGUCGAGUAAUAUGCCAUUAUCCAACAACAGUAAUCAUUUGUCAAACAGCAAUCACGAUCAAGAUGAUGAUGAAGGUGAAGGUGAUGAAAAUUAUAUUAAAACAUGUUUCCAAGAUUUUCCAAAUAUCUUUUUACUUUUCUCUUCAAUCCCAAUCAUAAUGGAACUAAAAUUAGGUUAG